CCCAACAGCUGUUUUCCCUACCGGCUGUAAAUAAAUCGUGGAAAUUCCACAAUCUUUGUUUGUCCUACGCCACCACCCACUAACUGGGCUUGAUGAGAAUCAGCAACUAACCCAGGAGCCAGGAGCCACACACGCCCUUACAAACGCACAUUCCAUAUUCCCGGGGAGGCGGCAGCAGCCAUACAUCGCGGGAGGGGGCGUGGCGGUGCCCGGCGAGCUUCGGAGUACGUGGCAAUGAAACUGCAACUGAAACCGAAAGCAAAUUAAGUUAAGCCCGGAACUUAACCCAUUCGCAAUAGCAAUCUCAGCGACAAUUGCAAUCUCAGAUCCCGCCCAACCGAGAUGACGGCCACGUUGCGUUACCGCGGCGACAAGAGCAAUCUGCUGGAGCUGGCCAAGAAUCUGGAUGCCUUCAAGAAGGUGCCGGAAAAGUACACAGAGACGACGGAAAUCGGAGGGACACUAUCCCUGCUGAGCCGCCUGUUGAUCGUGUACCUGGUCUACACGGAACUCCACUACUACUGGCACGAAACGGACAUUGUCUACCAGUUCCAGCCGGACAUCGCCCUGGACGAACAGAUCCAGAUGCAUGUGGACAUCACGGUGGCCAUGCCCUGCGCCUCGCUCUCCGGCGUGGAUCUGAUGGACGAGACGCAGCAGGAUGUGUUCGCCUACGGGACGCUGCAGCGCGAGGGCGUCUGGUGGGAGAUGUCCGAGCAGGAGCGACUGCAGUUCGAGGCCAUCCAGAUCCAGAAUCACUAUCUGCGCGAGCAGUUCCACUCGGUGGCCGAUGUGCUCUUCAAGGACAUCAUCAGGGAUCCGCAUCCGGGCCGGGAGAGUCCCUCGCAGGCGCCCGCCGCUCCUCCGCCCGGCGCCCUCGAUCUCUUCCAGCUGCAUCAGCCAGACCAUCAGGCGAAUGGCCAGCCGGAGAACAAGUUCGAUGCCUGCCGGCUGCACGGUACGCUGGGCAUCAACAAGGUGGCCGGAGUGCUGCAUCUCGUGGGAGGAGCUCAGCCGGUGGUGGGACUCUUCGAGGACCACUGGAUGAUCGAGCUGCGACGGAUGCCGGCGAACUUCACGCACCGCAUCAACCGCCUGAGCUUCGGGCAGUACUCGCGGCGGAUUGUGCAGCCGCUGGAGGGCGAUGAGACCAUCAUCCAGGAGGAGGCCACCACCGUGCAGUACUUCCUCAAGAUCGUGCCCACCGAGAUCCAACAGACCUUCAGCACCAUCAACACGUUUCAGUACUCCGUCACCGAGAAUGUGCGGAAGCUAGAUUCCGAACGCAAUUCGUAUGGCUCCCCUGGCAUUUACUUCAAGUACGACUGGUCGGCCCUCAAGAUUGUGGUGGGCAACGACCGCGACUACCUGGCCACCUUCGCCAUCCGCCUGUGCUCGAUCAUCUCCGGCAUCAUAGUCAUCUCGGGGGCCAUCAACUCGCUGCUCCUGGGCCUGCAGCGCCGCCUGCUGCGCACCUUUGCCCCGGAGCUGUACCACCGGCUGGCCAGCGCCAAGCCAGCGAAUCCCUCGGCUGCUCCUUCGACUGCUGCUGCUCCCGCUCCUCCGCCGCCCGUCAACGAGCUCCUGCACACGGCCAACCUGAUGGCCAGCGUCGACAUCUCGGCCUAUCUGCCCACGGCGGCGCCGCCGAAGCUCAAAUCCGGCCUCUAACCCUUUGGGUAGCACAAAUCUCAGUAACCGAAGCUUCCCCUCGUCUUACCUUUGAUCUGGUCAUGUUGGAGGAGUGCGAAGUGCUUGCCAGGAAUUCAGGGAGACGCAACACCUUCUCUUUAAACUAAUUUCUUGUUUAUUCUUUCAUUAAGAUACGAAAAAAAAAGCACACACAAAUAUGGCAAGAAUGUUGUACAUAAAUAUUGAUAAGCACA